AUGGUCUCGUUGGCAGACGAAAUAAAAAAAUAUGAUACAGAGAAACUUAUUUCUUUUUUGCAGGAACGGGACUUAAGGCUAGACUUGAACGAUGAAAAUAUUAUUCGCAAAGAGAAGAUUACAGGCCAGGGCUUCUUUGACUUGACUGAAGAAAGGCUUCGCAGUGUUGGCUUAGGCUUGGGAUCUGCUAUGAGACUCGUGAAGUUCGCUAAGGAGUGCAAGGAUAAAAAGUUGAAGGCCUUUUUAACAUACUGCAGUUUGAAAGAAGUUCUGGCAAAAUAUGACCUCGCUUCUGAGGGCACAGAAAUUAUAUCCCUUUUUAUACCACAAAUCCACGAAAUCUGA